CACAACCGUGUGUUUUAUUACGAUUUUUCACAUCUUCUCGUUUUAAUCCACACUCGGAGAGCGAUCCUGUUCCCAUCAAAGUAGGCAGCAAGCUCCCAUUAAAAUCUGGCUCAGCUAGUAUUUUAAUAACACUUAGACAUUCCCGUCCUUUGCAUAUUUCAUCUGCGAAGCGCUUUACAAACAUGAAUUUCCUAAUUACAGGCGGAUGAUUUACUAAAACUGGAAAUUCCUCACUAGGUCUGGCUUUCACUUUGAAGCUCCAGGAUUCGCUCCUGUCCCUCGGCGGUUUGGAAGGUCCCUCGACGCCGCUCCUUCGCGGCAGAGGCAGGGCAGAGAAGAAGGCGGACAGACGACGGCGAACCUGCCUUGAAGUUUCCGCGCCGGCGAAUUCCGGCGCGCAGUGCCGGGGCGGCGCUGCCCGCGGUCCGGGGCCGGAGCCCACGUGGUAGGAGAGGAAAACCCGGCGGCGGCGGGACACGGCAGAGCGCGGGCGGGAGCCUCGCUCCGCGCCGGGCCGGCCCGGUCCCCCCCCGGCAGCCCGCCGCACCGGGCAGGAAGGGGUGGAGCGGCCGGCGGAGCGCACGGGCGGGGUGCCGCGGGCGGGGAGACAUCCCGGCCAUGCUGAAGCCGGGCGGGCGGGCGGUGCCGUGCCUCCCGUGAGCGCUCCCCAUGGAGCGGCUGCCCGGCCAACCCUGAGCCGGUGGCCCCGGCCGCCCGGCCGCCCGCCGCCCCCGAUGGAGCCCGAGGAGCGGAAGAUCUCGGUGUGGAUCUGCCAGGAGGAGAAGUUGAUCUCCGGGCUCUCCCGGCGGACCACCUGCUCGGACGUGGUACGGGUGCUGCUGGAGGACAGCCACCACCGGCGGCAGCGGCCCGCGCUGCCCGAUCCCGGCGGCGGGAUGCUGUCGGGGCCGCCGCACUCCUACUGCAUCGUGGAGAAGUGGCGCGGCUUCGAGCGGAUCCUGCCCAACAAGACGAAGAUCCUGCGGCUCUGGGUGGCGUGGGGGGACGAGCAGGAGAACGUGCGCUUCGUUCUGGUGCGCAGCGAGGCUUCGCUGCCCAACGCGGGACCGCGCAGUGCCGAGGCGCGGGUGGUGCUCAGCAAGGAGCGCCCCGGCCACGGCCUGGGGGCGGCCCGCGCCAGCCUGGCGCUCACGCAGGAGCGGCAGCGGCGAGUGGUGAGGAAAGCGUUCCGCAAGCUGGCCAAGAUCAACAAGAAGCGGCAGCAGCCGCUGGCCCGGGAGACCUCGUCGGCAGAGAGGAUGGAGACGCUGGUGCACCUGGUGCUGUCGCAGGACCACACCAUCCGGCAGCAGAUCCAGCGCCUCCGCGAGCUGGACCGGGAGAUCGACAGGUACGAGGCCAAGAUCCACCUGGACCGCAUGAAGCGGCACGGCGUCAACUACGUGCAGGACACCUACCUGCUGGGGGCCGGCGGCGGGGAGCCGGAGCCGGGCGGGGCGGCACAGCCCGCCGCCGGCCGCCCCGAGGAGGACUACGCCAGGAAGUGCGAGGAGGUGCUGCAGCUGCAGGAGCAGCGGGCGCAGCAGGAGGAGCUGGUGGAGCACCUGGCCGCCGAGAUCCAGGAGGAGCUCAACGAGCGCUGGAUGAAGCGGCGGCGGGAGGAGCUGGAGUUGGCGGCGGGGCCCGGCUUGGACGACACGGACUGUGACACCACGGAGCUGAGCGGCGGCGGCGAGGGCGAGCUGCACCUCGAGCACGAGCGGGUGAAGACCCAGCUGAGCACCAGCCUCUACAUCGGCCUCAAGCUGAGCACUGACCUGGAGGCCGUCAAAACCGACCUGGACUACACGCAGCGCGCAUGGGAGGACAAGGAGCGGGAGCUGCAGCGCUUGCUGGAGACACUGGGCACCCUCGACGUGGCGGAGGCGCCGGCGGAGCCGCGCGGGGCGGCGGGCGGGAGGCGGCCGGCGGCGGGUAGCGGCAGCGCGGCCGGAUGGGUUGAGCAGGCCCGGGCGCUGCGCAAGGACCGCGCCGACAACGGCGAGGACUCGGACACGGGGCUGAGCUCCAUGCACAGCCAGGACUCGGACUCGCUGCCCGUCUGCGAGUCCCUCGUCUAGCGCCCGCCCGGCGGUGCAGGAGGUGGUGUGAGGCGCGGGCAGGUGGCGGGGAGAGGAGGGGGCGAGAUAACGCCCGGUGCAGGAGGCACUCAUGAGGAAACGUCUCAAUUGUAGCUCUUGAGUUUAAACUUGUUCUAACUAGUCAUCCGCGGGCAGCGCUUAGGUGGCUCGCCAGUACUUUCAUCUAAGGAAGAGAAACCUACAGCGUGUUUGUGUUUAAUUCACGGCUGGGAAUUGUUCGCUCCUUAAAUCCUGCCGCCUCCUUACCCCCGAAGGCUUUCCUGCUGGGCUUUUUAAUCCUGGUGCACCCCCUCCCCAUCUCCCCACUGUAGCAUAGGCUACUCCGGGUAAGCUCUGUGUAAGUAAAACGCCAGGACGCUCGCUCCGCAGGGUAAAUCAGUACUCCUUCACAGUUUCUCAGCGUUGCAAAGUCAGAUGGUGGGUUACACUGGCUGUCAUUGACAAACACACCCGGCUCCUUUACCGACAGAAAGUCAUUGAGACUAAAGCUGCUGAUCAUGUAAACACGGUGGAGGAAAAGCAGUGUCAAAACUAUUGACACCGGGAUCUCCCAGGGCGCAAGCUUUUGGAAGGUACUGCA